AUGGACUGGUUCCACUGUAACCUGUGUUACCUGCAAAAGGAUGCCAUGUUUUACAUCACCAGCUGCGGACACAUCCUCUGCCAGACAUGCAUCACCCGAGAUAAUUGCCGCGUAUGCAGAACUGCAUGCAGAUACCUGGCCAUUUCUGAGAAUCUCAAACCUCAGGAAAAGAUGUUUUUUAGGAGCCUUAAAGAGACUGCAUUGAAAUACUUUGAUCAUAUAGGCCAGGUAUGGAGUUUUCAGAAGCAACAGCAUGAUCUCCACAUUAACUUCUAUAAGCAGCAUUUGUCUAAGACCCAGAAUGUAUUACAAGAGGCAUUGCAAAGAAUUGAAAUUCAAGAAAGUGAGAUGAAAACCAUUAAAAGGGAAAAUGCAGAGCUUAAGUCAUUGGUCAACAUCUUAAAGGGUUCUCUCGGCAGACUACAAAGUAACAGAGUAUGUACACCUCGGCCUGUGGGAAUCACUUCUCCCUCUCAAACAGUUACACCUCGGCAUAGCUCCCAGCACUGCAGCCAAAUAGUAAGCCGUUCAUCAUCUACUGAUUCUUUACCUUAUGUAGGAUCCCGCUCCGGAGGAUUCAGUCAGCCAGCCUCCGCAGGCAGAACACAGGAAAGGAGUACCCCAUUAACCUCAGAUCAGGGUUCUCCCAUGUCUUUACAGAGCGUGCCUUAUGGCGGAUCGUCACACUCCACGUCCAUGCUGAAUUUCCCUUUCUUGUGUGAGCAGUCCAACGUGUCUGGUGACCCAAUUCAAACUCGUAACACACCAAACGUAUUUCCAGGAGAGUCGAGGGACUCCAGAGCAACCCCGGGUAGGAAUACAGAUCGACUCAGGCCGAUCCAGCUGCAGUUCACCCCAAGGACACCAAGCUCCCGCUCCUAUCAUUCCAGAGUGCUUCCAAAUACAGUCAGUUAAGGUUGCUGUUAACACCCUGAGAUAUUUCUCAACAUUACACGGGAAUCACGUAUUUCUAAGAAGGCAAUUUUGUCUUGUUGAAGUCAGGACUGCCCAGAGUAAAUGCCAAUAUGUUGUGUCAGUGGAAAUCAAAUCUAUUUUAGAGGAUAACUUGGAUACGUUAGGCAAUACUUUGCGCAGGUAUUCAGUAUUUCUGCAUUUUGAUUUCAUUUGGUUUGAAAAGUUAGUAUCAUUAACCGUUAAGAUGGGCAA